AUGAAGCUUCUGACCUCUUAUACCGUCCUAGCUCUGGCAGCCACUGCCUGCGCCGAGUCAGAGCCUGCCUACUAUGCGAACCUGACAUGGGAGCAGCCCCGAACUCUGUCGAAUUGGAGCAAUCUCACGGUUGAGACCCAGACGGGGACUUUCAUUGGCAUGCUGAAUGAUACUUAUCCCGACGUGCGCCAAUUCUUGCUUGUUCCUUAUGCUCAGCCACCUGUAGGAGAUCUUCGUUGGGCACCCCCUCAGAAAUUGAAGAAGACCACUCGCAAAAUUGAUUCGACUAGAUAUGGUCCAGCUUGCCCGCAGUAUGUCUCCAGCUCCGACAGCAUCUGGACCGAGUAUUCGCCAACCGCAUUGCUCUACAAUCUCGGGGAGUCGCGCAUCCAGGGCUCGACCGCCUGGUCGACAGCAGAAGACUGCCUUUCCCUAGGAAUCUGGACUCCAGCAUCAGCAGACCGCAAUUCUAACCUCCCUGUAGCACUUUUUGUGACUGGCGGUGGCGGUGUGACUGGCGGCAUUGCGAUCCCCUCUCAGCUGCCCCCCCAGUGGGUCUCGCGUUCUCAAGAGCAUAUAGUGGUCACAAUGAACUACAGAGUCAACAUAUUCGGGAAUCCCAAAUCUCGAGCUCUGGAUGAAACAUCACUGACCUUACUCGACGUGCGUGCUGCGGUCGAAUGGGUCUAUGAGAACAUUGAAUCCUUCGGAGGAAACAAGGAUAACAUCAUGCUAUGGGGCCAAUCCCAAGGCGCAGCCCUAACCCAUCUGUACACCCUCGCCUUUCCUGAUGACCCCUUAGCCGCCAAGUUUGGCAUCAUUUCCCAGCCGCCGUCCGUCACGAUCGACCUCACCGCCACCGACGACGUUUACCAAGAUUUUGACAUCGUCGCUAAAGCUCUGGGCUGCAACUACGGCACCGAUGCUCAGGCCGAGCUGGAGUGCAUGCGUCAAAUCUCCUGGGUGCAGAUUUCGGAGUUCAUAAACCGCUACAACGCUUCCCCGUCGAUUGCAUUCAGCAACUACAUUCCGGAUGAGAAGUACAUCUUCGCCAACGAGACCCAGCGCUAUCUUUCUGGGAAAGUCGCCCGAGGGCCAGCCAUUCGCUCUGAUGUGGACCGUGAAAUGUCCAGCACGAACCUGACAGCGACGGCCAUCACGCAAAUGGAAUGGAACUGCGCCGCGGUAUCGGAUGCAGCGCUGCGGAAGGCGCUGGAACUGGAUACGUAUCGAUAUUUCUGGGCAGGGAACUUUACCAACAUUUCGCCGACCCCGUGGCUCGGCGCCUACCACUCCUCCGACCUCCUCAUGAUUUUUGGGACAUACAUGAAGCAGGUCGGCGAGAUUCCGGACCUCGAGGUCCGCACAUCCGAAGCGAUGCAGGACCACUUCCUGGCGUUUCUGAAGGAUGCCAACUCGGUGGCGGAGACGGUGGGGUGGGUGCCGUUUGAUGCUGAUGCGGUGGACGGAGGGUCGAUUCUGGAGUUUGGUAAGGGGAGUACGGUACGGAAUGUGACGGGGAACUGGCUGGAUGAGGCGUGUAAGACUGGUGAUUUGGAUGAUGUGAGAAUCUGGGGGUAG